AUGUGCCGCAACGUCAAGACGCUCUCCAUCUGUCCGACAUGCAAUGAGCACAUCACGGAAAACACCCAUCAGCAGUGGUGUCGCGACGCCCGCCGCAAGGGGCGCUUUGGCCGUUGCACAAUGGGUAUUGGCCGGUCCGAGGAGGAGUUCCGUGGCGCCGAGUGCAAAAGCUGCGCCGAAUUGCGCGAGACUCGGAUGAAUGAGUUGGAGAUGCGCGAUUUCGCUGCCAGAGGUUUGGGUUGGAGAACCUCGAAAGGGAAGACUGCUGGGGGCCGUGGUGGUGGAGGAGGGACGGAGCAAGGCGACGAUAGUGAUGAUGGCAUCGCGUAUGUCUGGUGA